UAAAAAUAUACCUCGCCUUUUGUACAACUACUACAAUACUCCCACUACGCAUGCUUCGUCGACCAGUAACAAAUCUUUUAUCCACAGCCUCUAGGCGGUCAAUUUCUGUCAAGAACAUUCUACAUGGUUCACCUGAGGCCCAACAAGCUGGAGAAAUUGAUGUUCAGCAGCACUCUCGACUAGUCGGUCGUGGCAAAUACGUUCAUGGCUUCGAGUUUCACUGCGUAAAGCCUGACAGAACUCAAGAGUACAAGGAAGCUGCUGAAAAUUAUUAUACCGGGCUCAUACGGGAUCCAAACCUUCAUGUGAAGUUGUCCGGGUCCUGGGAGACGCUUGUCGGACAGCAAGAUACAUUUCUGCACAUAUUGGAAUAUGAAAAUUAUGGAGGCUAUGACAAGACUACUCAGUUGGUGAAAACUUCCAAGCAUCUUAAGGACUACCAAGCGAUGCUUCCGUACAUCAAUUCUCGAUCCCUUCAGCUAAACCAAGAGUUUGCCUUCCUCCCUACCGCCCCGCCUCAUGCUCAAGGCGGGAUAUUCGAGCUCCGCACCUACCAACUGAUUCCGGGCACCCUUCUGGCAUGGGAACAUGCAUGGCGCAAAGGCAUCGACGCUAGGAGGAAAUUUGUCGCCCCCGUCGGUGCGUGGUUUUCGCAGGUCGGCCGAUUGCAUCAAGUCCACCACAUGUGGCAAUAUCCAAACCUUGAAACUCGCAAGGAAACACGAGAAAAGGCAUGGCAAAUUGACGGAUGGGCAGAGACUGUAGACAAAACUUCACAAUUAGCUAAGUUCAUGGACUCCUUCAUUCUCUCCCCCUUGUCGUACAGUCCUUUGAAGUAGGCCGGGAUCGUGGUUGAUGGACUCUAGUUGUACAAUUUAUUUGACACUGAUUCGAAAUCUCUAUGCCUUUUCAAGCUGCUCUUUUUGAAAUCGAGGACACUCGCUAUUUGAACUUUAUCCAAUCUUUAUUUUGCUCGUGACACUUG